AUGCCCCUCACCGGGGCUGCGGGGAACUCUUAUUGGAGCAGUGAGGAGGGGGACAGGCAGCGAGAACAAGGAGCUGACGAUGAUAUUUUUCCCUCCGUCCCCCUACCCCCUGACUUCAGGUCGGUUUCUUCAGUGGGCUCGGAGCUGACCCGGAGGCUGUGGACCUCCACGCCUCCCCAGAGACCCUUUCGAAUCUGCAACCACGAUCGCACCUCCCGGAAAGGGGUGAUGGCUGGGACACUGGGGGAGCUGAUGAACAAGGUUUUUGAUGCCCUCCUCAUCACAGGGGCGAUCAGCCUGGUCCUGGAGGAGGACGGGACCGCAGUGGACAGCGAGGAGUUCUUCGAGCACCUGGACGACGACACGGCCUUCAUGGUGCUCCAGAAAGGCCAGCAGUGGCAGUCCCCCAAGAGAGGGAUGGUUUCAUACUCGCUGACCCAGAAACCGAAGAACUCGAAAGACAUUGCCCGAAUCACCUUCGACAUCUACAAGCUCAAUCCCAAGGACCUCUUUGGCUCGCUGAACAUCCGCGCCACCUUCUACGGCCUGUACUCCAUGACCUUUGACAUCAAGUGCCUCGGUCCCAAGAAGGUCAUCCGGGAGAUGCUCCGUGUGAGCUCCUCGGUGAUGUACGGGAUCGGGCAGAUCCUCGUCACGGCUUCUUCCUUCGUCCGACGCCUGGUGGAGGGGAGCGACAUGGCAGAGUGCUACGACUGAUUCAGCUGUUCAUACACAGGCACAGACAGAUAGAGACACACACACACUCUCAGACACAGACACAGACAGAUAGAGACACACACACACACACUCUCAGACACAGACACAGACAGAUGGAG